AUGCAGAGGGUUCCAGAGAUGCUGGCGAAGAUGGGAAGUGAGAUGGUGGAGCUGAAACAUCGAGUAUCCGAGCAAAGCGACACGAUCAGGAAGUUGAGCGCCACGGUUUACAAGCAAAGCACUAUCAUUCAGGGACAGGAAGAUCUGAUCCGAGGCUUGGAAGCCCAGGCCCAGGAAUCCAAGGAAGAGUUUCGACGUAAGAGCGAAGAGCACGACAAGGAAAUGAAACAGGAGCACCGGGAUCUUAAGAGAGAAUUGGUCGGAGUGAAAGAGCAGCUAAAUCAGCUGAUGCAAAAGCUGGAUGUAUCGGGCGAGGUGGCUUUGCCAAGCGGCCCUCGAGCAACGUUUGCGGACGUCGCGCGCGCCCUGCCAAACAGCCCGCCCUCCAGUACACGCAGCAUACCUGGUCCAACCAAACAGCAGACAGCCAACGAUUCUGUCCAUUGUACCAUUGACACGUCUCGUGUAAGUGAGUCGAACAGGAACAAAGCGCAAAUCGGGCAGAUACGACAGGCCAUCGAGGUUGAGAUGAGAGCGAAGAACGGACAUGAGACCUGGAGGUGCGCCGCAGUUGUGAGAGAAUCCCGGAACGCCGACCGAGUCAAGAUCGUCUGCAGAGACGAAGCCGAGCUUCAGCUGGUCAAAGAGGCGGCGCAGAAGACAGCCGUGGAGGGAGCGCGAGUCAUGAGAGACCAGCUGUAUCCGGUCCGGGUCGACAACGCCAACCGGACAGCAAUCCUCGACGCGGAGGGCAAUAUCCUGCCUGGAGCGAUAGAAGCCUUGAGUGCCGAAAACAGAGUGACCAUUGGCAAGAUUUCCUGGCUGAGCAAACGAGAGUCUGACCUGAAGGAUUUUGCCGUACUGGCCAUCUCUGAGCCGUAUGCGCGCAAUAUUGACGGAAAGGUGGUGACGAGUCCUAUGGGACAUCUUCGACUCGAGGGGAGGGAGGUGAUGGUGGUGUCAGUGUAUGUGGAAGGGAAGAACGACGAGGCGCUGGCGAGCGCGAUGGAGGUGUUGCGCGACGUGAUCGAUCGCUUCCGCAAUGGAACAGGAAACCGCACAGAUGUGGUUCUAGCGGGGGACUUCAAUCGACACGAUCUCCUCUGGGGCGGAGAUGAGGUGUCAGCGAGAAGACAAGGGGAAGGUCAGCCCAUCGUUGACCUGAUGGACGACUUUAGUCUCUGCAGCCUUCUCCCGAGAGGGACGAAAACGUGGCAAGGGCCGGACAAGGAGAGCACCAUCGACCUGGUGCUGGCAUCGGCAGAACUGGCAGACGAGGUGAUAUCCUGCGUGAUUCACCCGACAGAGCAUGGAUCAGACCACAGAGCGAUCCAGACGACCUUUGACAUUCAAGUACCGGAGCGAACAUUUCCGCAGCGCCUGCUGCUCAGGAACGCGCCGUGGGUCGCCAUCGCAGCCAGGGUCGAGGACGAGCUUCGACCUCUUCCGUGGACUGUGGGGGUGCAGACGCAGGCGGAUCAGCUCAUGCGGGUGGUCACCAAGGUGCUGCAUGAUCUGACACCCCGGGCACAACCGCCGCCUUACGCGAAGCGAUGGUGGACGAAGGACCUUACACGACUGCGGCGGACAUACACGUACUGGCGCAAUCAAGCGAGGGCACAGCGACGAGUCGGUCAAUCACGGCCGGAUCUGUCUAAGGAGUACCACGACAACGUGCGGAGCCAAAAGAAGACUCACUGGGACGACUUCGUCACCGACGAGAGCAACAUCUGGAAGGCACUCAAGUACCUGAAGUCUGGUAUGGAGAUGGUCGACGACAGGGUUCCCCCGUUGAGGAGAACCGAUGGCUCGAUCACCGAAGGCAAGGGCGAGCAAGCCGAGGAGCUCCUAUGCACCUUCUUCCCACCUCUGCCAGCAAGGAUUGAGCCGGAAGGUGAGCGUCCGCAAAGAGAAGCGAUAGCCAUGCCGGACCUCACCUUGCAAGAGAUUGAGGAAAAAGUGAUGGCGGCCAAAUCUUGGAAAGCGCCUGGUGAGGACGGCCUUCCUGCGAUCGUAUGGAAGAAGCUCUGGCACGUGGUCAAGCACCGGGAGCGCAUCUACAAAGCCUGGAGAAUGGGCAGAGUGCUCAGUCUCAUCAGCUUUGACGUCAAAGGCGCGUAUAACGGAGUGUGCAAAGAGCGAUUGCUAGAAAGGAUGGAAGCUCGAGGCAUCCCAAGCCGACUGGUGAAGCGGAUCAGUGACAAGGGUGGCUCCAUCGCGUUUGUGGACGACUACUCUGCUUGGGUGACUGGACCAACGGCCGAGUCUAACCGAGAAGGCAUGCAGUCCAUCGUUGACGAUGCGAUCAGCUGGGAGAAGCGAAGCGGCGCCACGUUCGAAGCGGACAAGACGAGUGUCAUCCACUUCACACGCAUUGCAGAGAGGGAUACCGACGAGCCCCUGACCGUCAAAGGGAAGGAGAUCAAGCCGGAAAAGAGUGUCAAGCUCCUAGGAGUGGUCAUGGACAAAGCGCUUCGUUUCAAGGAACAUAUCGCCAGAGCGGCCGCCAAGGGGCUGGCCGCGGCCAUGUGUUUGAAACGACUGAAGAUGGCUUUACCACGAACGGCGAGGCAACUCUUCGUCGCGACAGUGGCGCCAACCAUGGACUACGCCUCCAACGUGUGGAGGGUUCCGCACAGUCGCAACGGCAGUGGCCGAGGCCGAGGCCGGACUGCAACCAUUUCGAGAACGGCACGCUCAAGCUGCAACGAGAUUCUGGAUAAGGAUGCGGACGCUCCCGAAGACGCAUCCUCUGACAUCGUUGAGGCUCAAGUUGAACAGGAGCGCCUGGAAGUCAUCCACGAGUUCGCACUGGCGCCGUGGAUCGACCGACUGCACGUAGCGCAAGAGCGUGACCAAGUGGAGUUGGUGAAGCCUGACGAACUGGAUGGCAUCAUCAUCGCGACGUCCAGCUCACAGCGAAAGGGCCUGGUCGGAAUGGGAGGCGUCGUUCGAGACGCGUCUCACAACAGCCCGGGCGAAGCACUGGCCAGCUACUCCGCUACAGUUGGACCCAGCGACGAGCAGAACGCCUACACGGCAGGACUCGCAGCGAUUGCGAUGACAUUGCAGUGCUUACCGGCUGGUCUGCGUCGUGGAGGCAUGACAAUCGUGACAAGCAACCUGUCCGUCCUGCAAGUCAUUGCGCGGCCACGACAGCAGUCGGGACAACCGUUGCCCUUCAAUGGGUACCCGCCCACGAAGACUUCACGAUGA